AUGGAGGGCGGCUGGUGCGGCGGGGCACUGCUGCUGGGGGGGCCGGGGCAUGGGGCGCCGGGGUGUGGGGCGCCGCUCUUCAUCUUCUUCCUCCUCGUCCUGCUGCUGCUGCUGGGCUGCUCCCGGCCCCUGGCGCUGCGGCGCGGCCCCGGGCAGGUGGGCUACCUGCCGGCCCCCCGGCUGAGCCGCGGCCGGGCUGCUCGCCCCCCCCGCCGGCCCGGGGCGCUGCCGCCGCCGUACCCCAACGGCUGGUACCGCCUGCUCGACUCCGCGCAGCUGCCCCGCGGCGCCGUCCGCAGCCUCGCACUGCUCGGAGAACAUCUCGCUGUGUUUCGCACCCAGGAUGGCCAAGCCUACGUGGUCGACACUUACUGCCCUCACCUCGGGGCCAGCCUCGCUGCCGGCGGGCGCGUCGUGGGCAAUUGCAUCGAAUGCCCGUUCCACGGCUGGCGGUUUCAAGGAGAAGAUGGAAAAUGCAUCAGCAUCCCAUAUGCUGGAAAAGUGCCAGAUUUUGCGAGGGUCCGGACCUGGCCGUCCUGCGAGGUGAAUGGGAUGCUGAUGGUCUGGUACCACUGUGAAGGAGUUGGUCCAACGUGGGCAGUGCCCGAGCAGCAGGAGAUCACCACCAGAGAGUGGGUGUUCCGUGGGCAGACGGAGCACUUCGUUGAUGCGCACAUCCAGGAGAUCCCCGAGAACGCGGCUGACGUGGCUCACCUGUUUUUUCUCCAUGGACCAGCUGUUCUGGGUGGAUCUGAUCUGAGAUACAUACGGGCCAAGGUGUGGGCUUUUAUGAAGCACAUCUGGAAGGCGGAGUGGCAGGCAGAGCCAGAGCCCAGCGAGCAUUGCUCCCGGCUGCUGCUCCAGCACAAGGCAACCAUCUUCGGGAAGCACAUCUCCUUGCUGGAUUUGACGGUUUCAGUCCGGCAGGUGGGGCCAGGGCUGGUUUUCCUGAUCUUUGAACACGCUUUCCUGGGCCGUGGGGUCAUCCUGCAGACGGUGACUCCCCUGGAGCCUCUCCUGCAGAAUGUUGUUCACAAAAUCUACUACCAGAAGAACAUACCAGCCAUAAUCCCCAAGUUCAUCCUGAGAGCAGAGUGCAUACAGUUUGAGCGGGAUAUAACCAUCUGGAAUAACAAACAGUACCUCCCCAAGCCACUGCUGGUCAGAGAGGACUCCAGCAUCCAGAAGCACCGGCGCUGGUACGCCCAGUUCUACAGCCAGAAGAGCAUGAGGCUCCCGGUGCAGAAGGAGGGCCUGGACUGGUGAGGACCUUGCCACCCACUGCAGAAGGUGGUCACGGGGUCUCCAGGGGCUCCUGCCUACGCUGGCUGGUGGGCAGCGGUGCUGGGCAGGCGUGAUCAAUGUAACAACCAUUGGCACUUGGUGGGGGGAGGAGAGCCUGAGCCCUGGUGAUGCUCUUCUACCUUCUGUGCUCAGUCAGGGCAUCAAAGCUCAAAGGGUGUAACGUGCUUGCUCUUGUACCCGCGCUGCAACAUCUGAGCUGAGCAUGAACUUCUGAUUGCCAGAAGGGCCCUUCAAGUGCCCUUGUCCCUUGCUGUGGAUGUUGUUUUGGGUAGUUAUAUGAAAAGCUUGCCGUGUGGUCUUUUAUCGCCUGAUGCGUCCUUCCCCAGCCAGGCCUGCUGUUGCUUCUGCACCAUCACCUCGGCUGGGGCAGGCUUCAGCUCUCAGGGGAGCCUUGGCCAAUGUCCACGUGCCAUCAGAGGUGUGAUUGCAAAGCCCACAGACAUACGCUGUCUUCUUUCUCUCUGGCAGCAGGCAGGGCAGUGUGGGUUUUAGGUGCCCACCAUGCCCUUACCAUAUCUGUGGGCUUCCUCAAGCCUACUGAGCUCUUUCUUGCAUGAGUCAAUUCCUUAUGGAGCUAUCGCACCUAGUUGGGAAGAAGAGGGACUAUUCUGGUGACCAAAUCACGUAGACCGACAACUCUAUAGGUCAAAGAUGUGGAUAAGAUCCUGCCUUGGUAGCCCCUGGAUUCCAGCGGUACCUUGGGUAUGUGGCUGGCUGUAAAAGCUUGCCUCAUGGCAAGACCAUAGGUAUCGCUGUCACGGUGAUCAGCAAUGAAGCUAACACAUGGAGACCAGGCAGAAAAUCAGACAAAAACUAGUCUAGAUCCUCCUGUGCUUUGUGCCUACGUGCUCUAUGCUACAAGGGGCUAAAUUCUGCCUUGCUGCACAUCCUAGGGAAGCCUGAAUCCCCACAGGCAGAGCUGCCUCGUGGUUAGCAGGACUCUGGCAGUUUAUCUGUGCCAAGCGCCAGCAGGAGCAAAGGCUCAGCUCAGGGGCUCUCCUGGGAGUCUGGCAGCUCCUGUUCUCCUGCACUGCACACUUGCCUCAGUCUUUUGAAUUCUGCACUUUGCUGAGGCUUCUGGUCCCUCCUUCACCAUUAACCCAGAGCAGGACUCGGACCAGGAACGUGCCAUUGUUGAGUCCCUCACCCACCCUGUCAGCAUUCCACAUAACUGUGCAAACCGCCUCUGCCAUUCACACCUGGCUAUUGCACUGUCAAUAUUUCACCAUUAAAUUUUUUUACAAACUGAUCUCAUGUUCACAGUUUGGUUUUCAUUGUUUUGUGGGGUGUUUUUGCACGGGAGAAGGGAUUCUGUAGCUGGCCCAUGCCGUCUUGCUUCAGGAGCCACAGGGACUCUCCAGCAAGGAACUUGUGGAGAUAGCAGGAGCCUGGACAAGGAGCAUUGCCCAACUCAACAGGCUGAGCUUCUCAAGGACCUGAGAACACUGUUCUAGUGGCCCUGACCCACCUCACCUGUGGUGUACAUCCACUCCCUGCCCAUAGCCCAGGAGCCCCAUUUCAGCUCAGCUCUGGACCUUCCCUCCUGGUCCUGAGCUACGCUGUAGCAAGUCUCCAACUCAGCUGCAGACGUGCCAUGCCUGGCUGAUCUACACUGACCACAGACCAAUUCCCACCUUGGCCUCCACCCUGUCCCAUCACCAUGGGCCAGCCCAGUGACUGCUGGCUGUGCCUGACCCUGGCCACCCUCAGCAGGUCCCAAACCCAAGCUGCAGACUGACUUCCCAGCUUGACCCCUGACCUGCCUCACCACCGUGAGCUUACCUGAUGAUCUGGACUCUCAGCUGAGCCUGGCCAUGACCUCUGGGCCAACCCUGCCCACCCCACUUGGAGGUGGUGGGACCCCCCCUGCUCCCAGCACCCCGUUCCCUAGGGAGCAGCUGCCCUCAUGGUGAUGCGUGAUGGAGCAGCAGCAAGAGGCAGAAACUGCAACUGGCAGGACAGAGACGUUACGUUACAUGGCAUGGGUCAAGGUGUAGCGUUCUCCCACACAUUCAAGGGGGCAUGUGGCCACACAUCUGCCCCCCCAGAGGUCUUGCCACACUCCUGGGGCUGCUGCUCCCCACCCCUCACUGUGAUCCCACAUACAGGAUCUCAGGAUGAACAAAACUCCAAGGCACGCAAGUUGUUGAAGACCAGAUUAGAGAUGGUGACUUAAAAUUAGCUUUGCUAGAUUCACCAGUCCUCCUGAAAUUAGAGGAAACUAUGGGACACCUCCAGCAUAGCCUGAAUUCUGAGCUACCAUUUCCUUUACUACUAAGGCUAAAGUAGUUGUGUCCUGUUAAGGCAGAAAUUAGAGAAUCGAGAAAUAAACCAGGAUUAGCUUAAGCUGCUUAAGUUUCCAUUUGCAAUCUUAUUCACCCUUUUAAAUGGGUCUAGCAAAAAAAGGACAAUUUAGUGCCAGGAGACUUGCCAGCAUGCCAAGGUGCAUUGUCCUCCAGUCUUCUAUGCCUUUUUGAUGAUACAUUAUCCACUUUAAAUAUAUAGAUUUUCAAAUAAAUCAUAACUCCCAUCUGGAUAGGAUGUGAGGGCAUCUAUCUGACCAUUUACUGAAACCACUUUCACAUCAGAUCUACUGCAGAGCUACAGCCAUUCGAUUAUAUUCUGGUAGUUUAUUACCGUGAUUUAUCUUUACACUUGACCACUAGACAGGAAUUUAUUCGACUGCCAGACCUAUCAUCAUCCCGUGUCUUUGGGCGUUGUUUUUUCCCAGCUAACAAAUUCACUACAAACACUCCAAUUCCCAAACAAUUUUGUUUGGGAUUUUUUUGUGGGGGUGGGUGCAGGGUUAGAAAACCCCAGAGGGUAUCAAGACAGGUCAAAGAAAAGGAUACAUGAAGGGUGAUGGACAAUGUACCUUGGAUUUUCCGGUGGUAGGUCUGGUCUUCUCCUUUGAACCCUGGUCCAUGUAUUUGUUCCGCUCGGGACAACUCCCCGGUUGCUCUGGUUCAGCUGGAGGUGGGUCCCGGAGCUCCGGACAGCAUCAGCCAGUCUGCGGUCCUGCAUGCAAACCCGCCGGUGGUCCUCACUCCCCAUCGCAUCCUUGCGACCCUGGGAGACACUUUGGAUGUAAGUCAAGACUGGCAAAGCCUCCAAGCAAAGAUUUCCGUGCCCUUUCAUAUCCUGGCUAUCAACAUAAAUACAGGACCUGGUCUGGUGGAAAGGACCAAGCCCGCUCAAUGCCCAAACGCCUUUCUCCUGUGGUGAAAGCAAGUUGACAGAUGGAUCUGCUGGUACAAGUGAGAAUCUCUGGCCACACCGGGCAGAAACACGGCACCUGUGAGUUAAGACUAUCUUGCCCAGCACCAGCUCGCACUGCUCUAGCAGCACAAAAGCCAGCCGAGCUGAACCUGUCCCGGUGGUGUGAAUACAUGGACCGCGUCACACCACAGCAAACCCCUCCAGCUGGCCCGGCAGUCUCGGUUCACUUUCUGAUACGUACAAAAAUCU